AGAAUUUCACUGAGUUUAUCGACCCAUAUGGUAAAAACGGGUUUCGUCAGAGCGCAGUUCCUUUUCAUUAUGAUUUUCUGGUUAAACCGGGCAGCUCAGGGCUAGUGAAAAUCAGCAUAGGCCUCCUUAAUGCCUCAAUGUAUCAGCAGGCCUAUCUCAAUGGCCUGGAGAUAAUGGAGAUGAUAGGGUCGUGGGACACGGAUCUUAUGCCCUCAGAAGGCGAUCAGGUCGGCCUCAUAAUUGGGCUAGUUUCUGGAAGCAUCGUGCUUCUCCGCAUUUUUGUAUCUGCAGCAAUCUUCGUAUGCAAGUAUAGAAAGCCAAAGAGAACCAGUUCUCACAGUAAACUUACUGAGCUAACUACCCACGGCUCCGCUGUCCCUAAUUUUCACCUGGGACUGAAAAUACCCCUAGCUGAAAUCCAUUUCGCUACCAACAACUUCGAUGGCAAACUUUUGAUUGGCAAGGGUGGAUUCGGCAAUGUCUACAGAGGAACUCUCAGGGACGGCACUAAAGUUGCUGCGAAACAGGGCAAGCCGGGGUCGGGACAAGGCUUCUCCGAGUUCCAAACAGAGAUCACCGUUUUGUCCCAAAUCCGCCAUCGCCACCUCGUCUCCCUAAUUGGGUAUUGUGCUGAACAGUCUGAGAUGAUACUUGUUUAUGAGUUUAUGGAGAAGGGGAGCUUAAGAGAUCACCUGUACAAUUCCGAUUUCCCAACCUUACCAUGGAAGCAGAGGCUCGAGAUUUGCAUUGGAGCAGCCCAGGGCUUGGACUACCUCCACAGAGGCGCAGCUGGAGGAAUUAUUCAUCGGGACAUCAAGUCCACCAACGUUUUGCUUGACGAGAAUUAUGUUGCAAAGGUUGCUGACUUUGGUCUGUCCAAGUCGGGGCCUCUCGAUCGAAGCCAAACCCAUGUGAGUACGGCGGUCAAGGGCACCUUUGGAUACCUCGAUCCAGAGUACUUUAAGACCCAAAAGCUGACGAAAAAAUCAGAUGUGUACUCAUUCGGAGUGGUUCUUCUUGAGGUGCUAUGCGCAAGGCCUGCUAUUGACCCUUCGCUUCCUAGAGACUGGGCGAACUUGGCCGAAUGGGGCAUUACAUGUAUCCAGAACGGAGCCAUCGAGCAAAUAGUGGACCCUUUUCUUGUUGGUCAAAUCAAUCCGAACUCGCUGAGGAAAUAUGGGGAGGUUGCUGAGAAAUGCUUGCAAGAAGAGGACGAAGAGAGGCCCAGCAUGGGGGAUGUGCUCUGGGACUUGGAAUACGCCUUCCAGCUUCAGCAAACUGCGGUGAAAAGAGAGAUGUAUGACUACAGCGUGACCGGCGGUUCGUCGAUAUUGACUCUUUCGAACGAGGAAGCUCCAAUCAUUUAGUGAAGACACGGUCGAGGAAGAGGGUGUGGCCGCAGAAAGGGCGGAUAGCUCAGCGAUGUCCACCAGUGGAGUUUUAUAUCAGACGACGAUUGAUGAAGCCAGAUGAGUUUCAUAUUGCAGUAAAUAUAUUAAAG